AUGAGGGGAUUGCCAAUAUUUACGACCUUUUUUUGCUUGAUAAUAUCUUUAUCUGUUGCCAUAUCUACUACCGACCGAUACAAAACCUACCAAACUCUAGCAAAAUCGGUCAAACCAAUUGUGCUUAAUGAUUCGACUUACAAUGAUUUGAUCUCGGACCCACGCGAUUACCAUGUCGCUGUACUUCUAACUGCUGGAGACAUGAGGUAUGGGUGUCAGCUUUGCCAUGAAAUUCAGCCGGAGUGGGAGCUUCUUGCUCGGAGCUGGAUUAAGGGAGCCCGGCAGGAUACUCCCAAAUUACUAUUUGGCACUCUCGAUUUCUCAAAGGGGAGGGAUACCUUCCAGAAGCUCAUGCUUAAAACUGCACCCGUUCUGUUAUUCUUUCCACCCUCUGCUGGCCCCGCAGCAAAAGCUGAUGCAUCUCCCAUCCAAUAUAAUUUCAACGGGCCACUUUCCGCAGACCAGAUUAAUAAUUGGAUGAACCGCUACCUACCAGAUGGGCAUAAACCCUCAAUCGUUCGCCCGAUAAACUAUGGCCGAAUCGCAACAAUGACGACAUUACUGCUGGGUGUCGUAACCCUCUUCACAGUGUUGUCAAAAUAUAUUUUGCCUGUCAUUCAAAGUCGAAACCUGUGGGCUGCACUAAGUCUGAUUGCAAUUCUCCUUUUCACCAGUGGACAUAUGUUCAACCACAUAAGAAAAGUACCAUACGUAACUGGGGAUGGAAAAGGUGGUAUCAUCUAUUUUGCCCCUGGCUUUUUAUCUCAACUAGGCGUUGAAACACAAAUAGUUGCUGCAAUUUAUGCUAGCCUUUCAUUUGCUACGAUAGCUCUUGCAAUAAAAAUACCUCGUAUUUCAAAUCCUAAAUCACAGCAGAUCAACGUGGUUAUCUGGGAAGUGGUUAUAAAUCAGCAGCUUCUGAAGAUUCAGAAUAAGUAA